AAUGAGGGGGCACGUGUGGGAGGAGCCCUCCUGAACCAGUCUUGGGGGGUGGGUGCAGAGGCUUUUUGUGGCUGGUGUGCAGGUGGGGCUGUGCCCCCCAGGAGCUCCCCAGCCCUUUUCUCCCCCCUCCAGGCAGCUGCUGCCUGGUUUCCAUUGCCUGUCCUGUGACCGGCCCCUCAACAUGCUGGCGCCUGGACCGGAGCGGACGGGCGAGUGCAGAUACCCCACUGUUCCGCGGAGCUGUGGGGGCCCACACACUGUCAGGCCCCCGCGCUUCCAGCCCCAACCGCCCAGCACCCCACGGCCAUCCCAACCCAGUGCCCGCCGCCCCAACAAGAAGGACGCGAUGCAUCUGUCGGGCCAGGACGGCACUGAUGGGAACCAACCGAACAAGCAGCCGUCUGUAACGGAGAGCCCUGGGCUGCCCUCAAGGCAAAGGGGGAUGCCAGACACCACAACCUCGAGCAGCCAGCCAAGCACCGCCUCCCCGCUGCUGUUAGCCGUGCUGAAGUGCCAACCAGCCUCAUCUCCCGGACGCCUCACCCAGGCACCGAAGCUGCUGCCACACCGCAUUAAAUCAGCGCCCUGACAGCCGGGCAGGACGGGGGUCCCGGCCCCGGUCCCACCGCCCCGGGCGCUGAGCAGGCAGCAGCUGCAAUAAAUGGCGAUGGGCAACCAA